UCGGUGGAAGAAAUUGUUAGUUUCAUGUGGUUAAGGGAGGAAGGGCAUCCCUCUAGGGGCUGAGACGACACCCACCUGUAAUCAGCCGGGUGAAACCGAAGCAGUCGAUCAAGCUACUCAGCUUUCCAGAAAGACUUGCCAGAGCCUACCUAGCAGUUGCCACCAGCCGCUGAAGAUAAGUCUUUGACCGCAUGAAAGCUAUUCUUGAAUUUGCCUGGAUUAGGUUUGAUUAUUUUAAAGUUACUGUUGUAAUCUGCUGCAUUACCGCCUUGCCCUUCACCUUCUUGGCCCAUGUGUUGUUAGAGCUGUGAGCGUUUAAAGGUGGCUGCGGGACAGCCAGGUAAACACACUUGGACCAAGGUACUUGUCUUCAGGGAUGAACCAACGGAGGCAGACAUCAGCUGAGAAGUGAAAAGUUGCGUUACAGUAUAUCAACGCUGCUUUCCAUACAUAUGCAGCUGACUGUUCUCCAUAAAGGACAGCGGAAGAGAGCUAUCUAAGAGGUGUGGCUUAGGUUCUUGAUCCUUUUCCUGACAAUCGGUGCAACAUUCUAUUACACGACUCCUGUGGUGUACAUUUUCUGCAUCUGUCCACUUCUUUGCAAGAGAAGCAGAGUAUCAGCAUUAACAAGCCCGCUCUGAAGAAAAUAAGAAGUCGUAGCUGUAGUAAUAAAGGAUUCAAAAAAGACUUAUCAUCCAUAAAAAGGGAAAUGGGUAGAAAGAAGAUUCAAAUCUCAAGAAUUCUGGACCAGCGCAACCGACAGGUAACGUUUACAAAGAGGAAGUUUGGACUGAUGAAGAAGGCUUAUGAACUAAGUGUCCUUUGCGACUGUGAAAUAGCGCUCAUUAUCUUUAACAGCACAAAUCGGCUGUUCCAGUACGCUAGCACUGACAUGGACAAAGUCCUGCUCAAGUACACAGAAUACAGUGAGCCUCACGAGAGCCGGACAAACUCAGACAUUCUUGAGACAUUGAGAAGAAAAGGCUUGGGUCUAGGACUGGACAGCUCCGAUCUUGAGAUUGAUGAGUCCACUGAACCAGCUGAAAAGUUUCGAAAGUUAAGUGAGGGGGUGGAUCUCAGUUCAGGACGUCAACGGCUAUAUGCAGCUGUAUCGAACCACGAGUCUCCCUACUCUACCUCCUCACAAAGUGAGACUGGAGGGAAUAACAUGUCAGGAACUAUGCUGCCUCAGAACAGAUCGGCUUCAUUUAAAUCUCUGGUACCAAAACAUGGCCUCUCCUUGGGGCGUUCGCCUGGCCCUGCACACUCAGGCACUGGUUAUUCAUUAACCUCUCACAGCAAUUUGAACAAAACCACAAAGACCCCACCUCCACUCAACCUGGGGACAGAUACCCGCAGAUGUGAUUUAACAAAUUCCUUCCCGAACAGUCGUAGCAGCCCUGCCUCAGUGAGGACAAUGUACCCAGGCCUGCAGCCAGGUAAUCCCGUGGUUCCUGUGGCCAACACUACAUUACAGGGUCAUGCAUUAGGGGGCUUUCCCUACCCUCCACCUGGACCACCUGAGUACCCACAUCUUGAUAUUUCUUCACACCCUGGAUUUGUUCAUGCUGGAGGCCUCCAGCAAAGUCCAGUGACAACAUGGCAACAUCACCAUCAUCACCACCAUGACAUGCCACCAUCACCCCACAGUCAUAUACGAGUUCCAAACAGUAUGCUACCAGCCACCCCAGAGACUACCACUGCACCCCCUCCCUCACAGCAGACCAUCAGCAUCAAGGCAGAGCGAAUCUCUCCUGGAAUGAACUGCGCUUCAUCCAUACCGCAGCACCAUCUUACCAGACAUUCACCACUUAGUGAUAUGUCCAGGGCUUCAGUAGAUCUCAACCAAAGGGAGGACUACCCAAAAGGUUACAAUUGCCCCCUCCUUCUUGCAAGGCCCUUGACGGAAGAUCGAAGUAAUGUUAGACGCUCACAACUCUCAGACAGCUGGCAAAGAUAAUAUCUGUUAACAGCAAAUGUUUUGUACAUAUUUAAGUAUAUAUUACAAAGAACAUACUACUAACGAAGCUAAUUUUUUUUUAUAAGACUGAACAGUUUUUUGUCCUGACUUUUUGGUUUUCAGCGACUGCAGCUGGAGAAUUGUUACUUCUUUGCGAAAUAGUAUUCCUGCUAAGAGAUUGUGAAUAUACUAAACUGUAACCUUAAUACAGUAUAUACCUAUAAAUUUAUUAUUUAUUGUCUUUUCCCCCUUUGGUAACAAGAAGAAAUACUGUUUAGAUACAUGCAAUGAAACUUAAUCUCACUGUUCGCUUCAGAACAUAUUUGAGAAUAGAGAUGAGGGGCAGACCCUCUGCUGUCUAUGAGAUUUUACAGUCACUUAUCUUGCUUUAAGUAUUUUUUUUUUCAGUUGUGGUAAAAUAUUUGUUUCUUGUGACUGAGCACUGUAUUGUAAACAUAGUUUUAUUGUCACAGACUUGACCUUCAGAAAACAUGCACACAUGUAUUCUCAGGCAACAAUAUAAGUACAUUUUAUGAAUUCAUGGGAGAUGGUCCACAUUUAGAAAUAUUCAGCUCUUGUUUCAUAAUUCUUGCCCUUGAUUUUUAAGGCUGAAGUGUAAAAUGUAAAGGAGAAUUCCUUUGAUGUCUUCCUAAACCAAGAGCAAUAGAAGAAGUACCUACAGAAUAAAUGUAUUUCGACACUCACACACCCUACAAAUCAGCUUUUAUUGUUUCUGGCUUUGCACUUGCAAGUAUUUUCCAAUGCUGUUAAUGUCAUUUAAUUUGGUAUAUUUUUGUAAUAUUUGUUGCUAAAUGUAAAUUAAAAAAUGCACAAAGCUUUUUGCAUCAUUAAUACAAUCCAUGAAAUAAACAGUUAUUGCUUUUUA